GCACAGCGCCGGCGCCAUUGUGUUGCGGGUCGAGGCGGCGGGCUCCGUUCGGCCGUCUGCGGGUCCGGCCCGGCCUCUCCGGCGGAUCUCCAAUGCUCGUGUCGCGAGGGCCUCGCCCGUGAGAGGUACAAAGAAUGGAGUCUAAGCCCUCAAGAAUUCCUCGAAGGAUAUCUGUUCAGGCCUCCGGCUCUACUCUAGGAUCUAGAACAUUAACUGGAAGCAGUUUAGCUGGUGCAUAUAGUGCAAGAGAUUCUUCACGGGGAUUAGACUCUGGUUACCAGGAAUCCGAUGUAUUGAGUAAUUCUGACAGAGACUGGGGAAUUGGAGAAAGAGGGACUCAUGAAAAUCCUUGGAAGCUUACAACAUCCUCUCCGACUCACUACUCAGGGACACUUGAUCACCCACGGUCUGGACGAUUUUUGGGAAGCAGAAACAGACUGUCUACAUCUUCCUCUUCUCAUUUUACAUCUGGGUGUUACGAUGAUUCUGAAAGAACUCAGGGAGCAUAUUCAAGACUGCAUAGCCAGCAGCAAGAUAGUGAUUCAAAGCGACCUAAGCUGUCUUGUACGUCUACCUCUUCUGUGAGAAGUAAUGGCUUGGCUGCCUUUUCAGAUUCCUCUUGGAGAUAUAGUAGGAUUCCCAGAUCAUCUUCUGUGAUGUUUGGUUCCCUGGGAACUGAGCUAGUGAGAGAGCGAAGAGAGUUAGAAAGAAGAACGGAUCAGUCCUUUAAUAAUCUGGUGGAUCAUAGCUACAGAAACAGUGACUUUUCAUCUUCAGCAUAUUUUCAGGAUAGGCCUGCCUCUACAUAUGCAGAAGGAGCAAGACCAAAAGAGAACUCAUUAAGUGCUUUGAGGUUAAAUGCAUCCAUGAGCCACCAGUUGCCUUCUGCUCAUCAAUCUUUUUUCAGCAGAGACUCUAACGUAAGAUCUUCAAGGACCGGCUAUUCUUCAAGACAAAGGAGAAAUGAAAUAGAAUCUCCCCAGAGGAAUGUACACCCAGCAUUUUCUCAUUCUUCAGCUAGAGGCGAAACUCCUUCAAGUAGUUCUGAAAGGGUUUUAUCUUCUCAGAGGUCACUGAAUGAUGCUGCAGCUGACAGUGAAGGAAGGCGCACAACCAGACAGUUGCUGUCUCGUUUAGCAUCUAGUAUGUCAUCCACAUUUUUCUCUCGAAGAUCUAGCCAAGAUUCAUUGCAGACAAGGUCAUUAGGCUCUGAAGAGUCAUCUCUUGUCCCAAGAGUUCAAGCUCCUACUCUGUCUAGCACUAAUGGAGCUGCAACUCCUGAAGCUCCAGGACUUCAUACAUCUGAAGCUUCUCAGGGAUUUAGCUUUCUGAGACGAAGAUGGGGUUUAUCAGGAGUUUCCCAGAGUCUUAACUCUGAUCCAGAUGGGGAAAGCUACAGACCAGACUCUGAAAGUAGGAGCACAGGGUCCUGGUUGUCAUCAUCUUUGAGGAACAGAUGUACGCCGCUCUUCUCCAGAAGACGGAGAGAAGGAAGAGAUGAAUCUGCAAGAAUCUCUACCUCUGAUGCAGCUGCUAGAUCACAGCAUGUUUUGAGAAGAAGAGAGUCAGGUGAGGAGACCUCUCUUGAAGCAUCAGAGGGCCCUCCUAGGGCUUCUGUUAGCAGACCACCAACACCUGCAGUAUCUGGUAUUUCCACGGCUACUGCCUCCCCACCAGAUUCAACCCACAACAGGAGAAGUUCUGGAAUUCUGCCUGGUUCUCUCUUUCGCUUUUCAGUGCCUCCAACAUUAGGAAGCAGUCUCUCUGACAAUCUUAUGAUAACUGUAGAUAUUAUUCCUUCUGGCUGGAGUCAGUCUGAUGGACAAGAAAGUGACAAAUCCAAAAUACCACCUUCAAGAGAUCCAGAACGACUGCAGAAAAUUAAAGAGAGCUUGCUUUUAGAAGAUUCUGAGGAUGAAGAGGGUGACCUAUGCAGAAUCUGUCAGAUGUCCUCUGCAAGUACUGACAACAAUUUAAUAGAGCCGUGCAAAUGCACUGGAAGUCUGCAGUAUGUUCACCAGGAGUGCAUGAAAAAAUGGCUGCAGUCCAAGAUUAAUUCUGGUUCUUCUUUGGAAGCAGUAACCACUUGUGAACUAUGUAAGGAGAAGUUGCAGCUGAAUCUGGAAGACUUUGACAUUCAUGAACUCUAUAGGGCACACGCAAAUGAACAAGCAGACUAUGAAUUUAUCAGCUCUGGUCUCUAUCUUGUGGUGUUGUUGCACUUAUGUGAGCAGCGCUUUUCUGAUAUGCUCGGAACCGCAAGUGAGGCCAGCACACGUGUCAGAUUUAUUAACCUUGCAAGAACUCUUCAGGCACAUAUGGAAGAUAUUGAAAGUAGGUGCUUCCCCUCUUCUCCCCCCUCUCUCUCCCAUUGGAUCUAGUCAAGGUUAAAUGAAUACAAUCCUUUGCCAAGAAUCAUACUACCAAAAUUAGUUAUUGAAAAUUUGAAUUAGGUUUCCUUUUUUUUUUUUUCCCCCCCAAUAUCAGUGGAAUUAUUCUAAGUAGAAGCUGACAUUAAGUCUCCAUGAUUGGUUUCCCAGCACCGUACAGUUUAAACCAUGGAAGCGUUUUCUGCCAGCGAUGCCAAGAUUCCUCACUAGUAACAGUUUAUUCUAGUAACAUGAAGUUAUGGAACUGCUUGUGACCUUUAGGCGAUAGCCUUUCUCUUGAGUCCUAGUAGAAAAGACGCAGCUUAAGUUUUGCUAUGCUCAGAUUAUCAUACUGUGCGUGCCAUAUUUGUUCCCCCCGUUUUCCCCACGCUUCUUAGGUCUACGUAUUCCUUUAUCAGCAAUGCCUGCUUCUGGGUGAAAUUUAAGAGUUCUCAGCUCAGGCAGAGGACUAGCUCGCUUUUUGCCUAAUGUUUCUUUACCGUGAUGAAAUGAAAAAAUGUGUGCUGGCUUACAGUAAAUGUAGCCUGAAUCUGAGUAUUGUUUUAGGGCAUUACAAACAGACAGUGGAAAGGUAGAUAUUUUUCUGGAAUCAUAGAAUUAUAGCAUCACAAGUUUGGAAAGGACCUACAAGAUCAUCUCCAACCGUUGUAGUUUGUGUUUGUCUGUGAACAUGCAGAUUUUGUAUAUAAAUCGAUCUUGCAGCACACUGGGCACAUUUGGAGUAUGAUAAAGAAUGCUGUAAGGAGGGGAGGAGACAUUAAUUAGUUCAAAAAGCAUACAAUCAUUCUGCAUUAAGAGCAUGCAUUAAAAAUAUUUUCUGUAAAGAAGGUGGACUGGAAUUCAAAAUUCAUUGUUAAACUACUUCCUUCUUACUAUAGUCCUAUAGAAAUUAAUCUUAGUAAAUGGUAUUCUACAGUAAUUGAAUCUACAUUUGAGUGAGGCUUUAUCGAGUUUGCAGGUGACAAGUACUGAGUUUCAAUUUAUUACUCAUACUAUUUAAGUUACGUUUCUCUUAAGUGGUUGGGGGGACUGGUGAAGUGAGGAGACAGAUCUUGCUUCCCUCUAUGUUCAGAGGGAAAACAAAUCACUUGAGGGCAAAUAAUUUCAAGAAAACUGAGUUAGUUUAGAAGGGCAACUUUGAUUAAUUGCUGUUGUGCACAAGCGAACACUUGACAGACUGACUGUAGAUAAUGCUUACUGAAUUUUUCUCACCAUUGACAGCAUGUGUUUGUCCUUUGAUUCACCUUUCAACAACAGAAUCCUAUGCAUAUGGUGACAUUGUGUUUAACUUGCAUAUGCUUUUAAGAAUGGGAGUGGAGAGAGGACUGCUUCCAAGUAGGACUGGCUUAAUUUCAUGAAGCAAUGUAUGUAUUUAUGUAAGGGUCAGAAAGUAGUUUGCAGAAACUACUUUAGCUUUUCUAGGUAUUUUGGUAUACAAAUCAUUAACUCCCACAGAGUCAUUUCUUCCCUUUGCAUGGGGUGCAGCUGCCAGGAUUGCAUAUACUCUUUUAGCUGUAAUUGGAGUUAGCAACUGCGAACAUUAUAUAGAAGUUGAAUCUCUGGCAUAAUCAAGUGUUCUUCCUUUUAUUUUGAGGAGAAACAGCAGAAAGGCACUACAAUUUGUAAUGGGGAAUUUGGAUUUUAAAAUUCUGCAUUUUUCAGGUAUGACAUGCAUUUAAAAAUUAAGCUAGGUAAUUAUACAAGAUUGGGACAGGUAUUACAGUCAGCUAUUGAUGUUAAAAAAAAAAAAAAAUAAAAUCAUCUUCGUUUCCACUACUCAUAUUAAACUGAAAGUGCUCUAAAUUCCACAAACCUUUAUGAAGGCUUCUGAUUAUGUUCUGUUGUUCCAACAGCUUCUGAGGAUGAUUCUGAAGACUGAUGCUGGUGUAACUUUUAUGCUGAAAGAAACAGAAGUGCUGCAGAAAUGCUGAACUGACAAG